CUCUGCUCCCACUCGCCGCGCCGGCCAUUUCUUCCUUCCUUGCGCGGGGCCGGGGCCUUCCUUGCCUUCGCCAGAUUCGCCGCCGGACGCUGCAGCUCAAGCAGCUAGGCUGCAGCGCCGCUCCUCCGCCGUACGUACGUUGAGGAUUGGUUUUCUUCUUCUUCUUCCCUGUUGCCCGUGAUGCAUCAACCGGCAGCACUUGCUGGUGGUACGCAAAGAUGAAGCGCAGGAAUUUUUCUGGUAAUCAGCAUGGCACUGUCAUCAGUGUUUAGGAGAAUAAAUGUGAAAGAUUUGACCUCCAAGGUUUCAGACUAUACCAGUGCUACAGAGUUAUCUGGUGGACUAAACAUGAUAUUUAGGCGCUGGGCCACAAAAAAGACUGCUGGGUCAACAAAAAAUGGUCGUGAUUCCAAUCCAAAGUAUUUGGGUGUAAAGAAGUUUGGUGGAGAGAAAGUGCUACCAGAGAACAUCAUCGUCCGCCAAAGAGGGACCCGCUUCCAUCCUGGAAACUAUGUUGGCAUGGGCAAGGACCAUACACUUUUCUGCCUGAAAGAAGGCCAUGUCCGCUUUGAGCGCAACAAGCUCUCAGGUAGGAAAUGGGUUCAUGUUGAUCCAGUUGCUGGUCAUGAUCUUCACCCCAUUUACGCAGAUGGUUUUGCUACUACAGCAGACACUGAGCCUUUGCAAUAAAUGUGCUUGGGGAUUUGGGGUUGUCAUUUUGUCCCAACUCAUUCAGCUGCCAUUUUACAGUUUCGUGAGUAAACUUUAGCAAGGCUUGAAUGUACCUUUUCUUUGUAAUCAUAACUACUCACUUUGAAUAAGCUAUACUUUGUAAUCUUUAUUCUCAUGGUUAAAUUCAAAUUUUAAAUAUGUUAUCACUACAAUGGAGAUUUUAUCA